UCAAAGCUCGAUAGUGUACAUCGAUUUUAGUGUUGUUAUGAAGUGCGUAGCUUUUGUGCGGUAUUUGUAAAUUACUUUAUAUAAUAACUGAAGUUUUGAUUUUAUAUUCUUUAGCAAUUGAAUACCCUACGAUUCGUAGCCAUUUAAAAAUAUGACAACUCAAAAGAGGGGUGUUAUUUAGUUAAAGAGAUCUUCUUUGUGUUCUAUAUUUAGCCUAUGACCUCCCACUACGCGGAAUUCGGAAAUGUCAAAUUACAGUGGGCAAGGCUCUGUAGUUGGAAAUGUAGAAUAAUAAUAAUAAUUAUUGGUGAUUAUAUAAAUGAAGGACCAAACCGAUGUAACUUGUUGUAUUUUAGAAAUAAAAACCAUAAAAAUAAAUAUUUUGUGGAAUGAUUUUGUCAGUAAGCUUUGCUAUUAUUCCCUGUAAUGAAAUUUGAAUGGAUGACAUCACUCUGGAAUUCAUAUUGCUUGCAAUUUGUGUCAACCCAGUGAGUGUCAUUAAUAUUGUCAAUUUUCUAAUGAUUAUCAGUUAAGUGAGGAUCAUGGGUGUAGGAAAGUUGGGGAAUUUUGUUGAACACAAGAAACAAAAAUUCUCACAAAUUCGUAAACAACAUUUAGAUGUUAAAGUUUUAUUUUGUGAUCCAUUAUUUCCACCUGAUACCACAAGUAUAGGUGAUUUUUCUGAAUUACCAGAACCUAUUGAAUGGAAAAGACCAAAGGACCUCUAUGAAUCUCCUCGUUUGAUUGAUGGGGAAUUAAGCCCAGAAACAAUAAUUCCUGGUCCUCUUAGUAGUGGUUGGUUUGUUGCAGCAUGUACUGUUUUAGCAGGAAUAAGUGAACUUUGUCAUAAAGUAAUUCCAGAUUACUGGAAACAAGAAUGGAAUCCAGAGAAAGGAGAAGAAUAUGCAGGAAUUUUUCACUUCCAUUUUUGGAGAUUUGGUCAGUGGGUAGAUGUAGUAGUGGAUGAUAUUUUGCCAACAUUUGAAAAUGAGAUAAUUGGUACUCAUUCCACAAAACCAGGGGAGUUUUGGAUAUCUCUUGUUGAAAAAGCAUAUGCAAAAUUACAUGGCUCAUAUCAAGCUCUGUCAGGUGGACGUUUAUCUGAUGCUUUAGUCGAUUUUACUGGUGGAGUUUCUGAAGUAUUAGACCUCAAGUCUGGUGAUUAUGCUGGAAGCAGUGAUGAACAAGCAGGAUUAUAUUCUUUUCUGGAUCGUGAAAUAACCCAUCAUUGCAUUGUGUGUGCCUUGGUGAAUACUACCAGUCCUGGUGAAGAAGGAGCUGUAUCGCAAAUAGGCUUGCGCCAAGGUGGAACUUACCUUGUUACUGGCAUCAAGAAAAUAUCUCUAGGAGACACUGGAUUGAAAAAGCUUUUUAAAACUCAAGUGAAACAACCAAUGGUUCGUCUGAGAGACCCUAAUGGGACUGCUCCUUCCGUUUGCCAAACAUCUACCACUGAGGAAGCUGGUGCUGAUGAUGGUCAAAGUAGUGGUAGAGGGAGUGGGAGUAAUAGUGCCAAGAGUGAAAAGCAAAAUGCCCCAGGACUAUACUCGCUAUCAAAAUUGUCUCGACUACUUUCAACAAAUCCUGAAUGGUCACGAGUGAAGGAUUCGGACUUGAAUAAAAUAGGUUUGACUUGUGAUAAUGCCAAUUUUAUUAACAACUUUUCUCAACUGACUAUAUGUCACUUAUUUAAUACAAACUUGUUUGCUGUCAACAAAACUUGGAAAGAAUCUUCUGUAAGAGGAUUAUGGAGCACAGGUGUUAAAGGUUCAAAGUCUGAUCGGGCAGGUGGUUGUGACAGCUUUCCAGAAACAUUUCUCAGAAACCCUCAAUAUCUCUUUGAAAUCAACCCCUUCGAGGAAGAAAUAGUCAUUCAAAUGUUGCAAUGGGACACAAGUGGAGAGAGCCAAGCGGCUGGAGAAGAGUCCCUUCUAAUUUCCUUCUACAUUAUUCGAAUUGAAGAAAACAGAAAAUAUCGUCUCCACAAAUUAUGGGAUCAUACUCCAAUUGUAGUUCAUUUCAAUUCCACACGUAAAAGAGAGAUCUUCUAUAGAGGUAGUUUAACAAAAGGACGCUAUAUCAUCAUUCCUACUGCACAUAAACCAGGAGAUAUUGGUGGCUACUUUCUGAGAAUAUUUAGCAAUUCACAGAUUCAUUUAAGAUAUCAAGAAGGAUGUACCAAAGUAAAACAUGUCCUUGCUAUCCUGGUUGCUUAUCCUAUCUGGGCCACUUGUGAUUACAAUAAGGUGCACCAAAAUCUACAGAAACUUCAGAAUUCAUGUGAUGCAUACUGUGUAGUGAAAUGUGAAGGCAAAAAAGAGAAGACCGCAGUUCUUAAAAAUUCUACAGAUCCAUCAUGGGAUGCUUCAUAUGUAUUUUAUCGCAAAAAAACAGCAGAGCCUAUUGUUGUUCAAGUGUAUGACCAUAGAGUGAUUUCUCUAAACACUUUCUUGGGUCAAGUUCAGUUGCCUGCGCCAGUCAAUCAAGGACCUACACCUCUUCAGGCUGAAUUGAUGGGAAGGAAAGAAAAUGAUUCAACACCAACUCAAGGGUCUCUCCAAUUGGAAAUUUUCACUAGUGAUAACUUGUGGGAAGUAUAAAUCAGUAAUUUUAAUAUUUUUUUAAACUUUUUUAUUAAUUCAAGUCAUGAAUGUAAAAACAAGUCAUUAUGAUAGAUAUUUAUUUGCACAGAUACAUGUGCAUUAAUUAGUUUAUAAAUAUGUUGAAACAAGUUCUAUUAUUGGUACGUCCUAGUCACACACUAAUGUUUAUCAAAUUGGUUCUUAUGAAAAUAUCCAUUUUAUUGCAAUGUAAAAUAUUUAUUUGACUGCCAUUGUGCAUUUUAUAUUUAUUUUCUUUAUCGAAGUAUCACAUUUACUUCUUCUUUUUGUGUGUGUGGUUUUAUAUCCCACAUUUUUCAUGUUUUAUGUAUUGUUAAAAAUGUCUUCCUUUGACAAUCUAUGACAUUUUUCAAACAUUUUCACUACUCUACAUUUUCCAUUUUGGGUAAUUCUCUUUCAGAAUGUUUCACCAUAUCAUUUUAUAUCUUAUUAUAAUUUUAUAUAAAAAUGUAUUUAUAGUUACCCAAACAUUGGGUAUACCUACAUUCAGUAUUCCAAAAUGUGCACUGUGCAACACUGUUGCAAUAGUAUGUGAUGUAGUUGAUAAUUUAUCUGAUGCAGUUGAAAACAAAAAAUUGAAUCAUUAGCCUGACAUUUGUUGUGUUUCUUUCUGACAAACUAGAUGCAAACGUUUCUGUUUCUUAUUGUUUCUUUAUAAGGAAUGAAAUUUGCUCAUUUUUUGAGCAUGUUGGCACUCUUGUCAUGCAAGUCAUCCAUCAUAGAUAAAAGUUAAUAUUAUUUUUCUUUUCCAUUGUAUACAUCAUUCUGAGAUCAUUCUCAAACAGUGCUGUAAUAUAUGUUAAGUCUUGCAAUGCCUAAAGGGCUGUCCAUUAACUACUCUCUCUUUCUCUUCUCUUCUUUUUGUAUGAUAAUUCAAGUCAGAAUUGGUGGGCAAUGCAAAUUGCGCCUAACAAAAAGAUUAUGGACAAUUUUUGAAUGAAGGAACGAAACUUCUGCGAGAAAAUUUGUGACAUGCCAUGCACAUGCCAUUGUGGAUGAUUCGUGGACCCUAAAUCUACAGCACUAAUUUAAUUGUAUGCUAGAAUAUAUUAUAGAUCAGUUUUGAAUAUUUCUUCUUAAUCUAAAAGAUUCAAUCAAUACACCUUUGAUGAAAAAAUAUUUUCAUUUAUUGUAAGGAUUUAUACUUAUUAACUUUUUAAUUUAAUUUGUUAAUAGUUUAAUAUUUUACUGUAAGACAGAAUAAAUGGAAUUAUUUCAGUAAAUGUUUAAAUAUUUAAAAACAAUAUCAUACGUAACACUAAAUAUUCAGCUCUCUACUCCUAUGCAAUGCAGAGUAACACUGUCUCAAAUGCCCUCCCUCCUGUUUAGCAUUACAAAAUUUAUGGAUGACACCUAACAUAGCAUUGAAUCUUAAUAAAUUAUUCAUUUGCAAUGUGGAAAUUUGUUGCAAAAUAUAAGAGUGUACUUUUUGGAAUACUUUGUAGAAUAGAAAAUGAAAAUAAUACUCAUAUUUAUCCGCUUUACAUGUUUUACAGAGAAUGUAUUGAAUUUGAAGUCCGUUAUUACUUUUUAUAAUACAUUUUGUAAAUUUUUUAUAUCUCUAUAAUCUCUGUAAAGUAUAACCAAAGAAAUGUAUAUUAUUUGAUUAGAUACAUGAAAGUAUAGUCAAGAAAGUUAGUCACAUGAUUUUGAAAAUGUAUUUUUUAUGUAUUUUAUCAGAUAAUUUUCUGAUGUGUUAGUUAAUUUUCAUUAUUUAAGUAAUAAAAUAUUGUUUAUGUGGUUUAAUAUCCAUGUAGUCAUGUUGUAGAAAACAAAACCACAGUAAGUAGGCUAUUUUAUUUAAACUAUUUUCCUAUGAUUGAUUUGAAGUGCCUUUAUAUUUAAAAGGUGUAUUCAUGGCGAGAAUUUCAGCAGUAAAAAGCACACCAACAUGUUCCUAUAUUAACAAUAAACUGUUUCUUUUUCUGUUUUGAUUUCCAAAGCAUAGAUUUCUUUCUCUCUCCAAGACUCAGCAUUUUCAAGACUCAAUUCUUUUGUAGACUCUGGUCAUUAAUGUCAUUUGCAAACAGCAAGUACUCUGCAAUUCUGAUGGAUGGCCAUGUGCAUUUCACAGCAAAAUGUCUUAGGAAACAUUUAUACGGCUCAUUGAGGAGAAGGGUGGUGGUUUUUUUGUUGUUGUUUUUUACACAAGCAAUGACUCACUCUGUACAUAAGUAGUUUACAUUUUAGAGUAAUUUCAUUAUCUGUUGACAAUGAAAAAAUUCACUGUCAGUGGAAUUCAAUCUUGCCUGCAUAUAAAAAAUAUCAAUUAGGAAUUGAAUGUAAUCUAAAAACGAAAGUUGAAUAAUUAUCAAAUGUAUAAAUUGCAUAAUUGUAACAUUAUUAGAAAAUUACAUAUCUUGUUACUGUAAGAAUUUUAAUGUUUUAUUUGUAAGAUAGUGUUGUUUUCUUUUCUUUCCAAAGCAACACCAAUUUCAACUUAACUCUAUUUUUGAAAAUGUUGGCUUGAGGUGAAUAUUACUUCAAGAAGGAAUAUGAAUUCGAAAUGGUUACCUUUCUAAUAUUGAGGCAAUGCUGAGAAUUGUGUUAGAAUAAAGAAUUGAAUGUAAAAUUUUUCCUCAUUUUCUGAAUAAUUAUAUUGAAAUUUGAGACUGUUAAACAAUAAAUAUAUUUGUGGGGGAAGGUCACUUAAAUCCAUGCAGUAAAAUUGCUACUUGACAAGCAAAAAAAAAAAACAAUUUUAAUGGGUUCCCAAUCUUUUAUAAGCAAGUACUUGAGUAAUUUACAUAUCAAGUGUUGGGUGAGUUGCAAAGCACCAAAAUGUGUUGUUGCACUGAAUUUACAUUAAAUUAAUGGGCUGUACACAAAGAAAAGCAGGAAUUUAUUGUAAUGUUUAUGAGAGGAAAGCUCAUGCAUAUAUAUGUGUGACUAAUGUGAUGGUUGUAGGGCCAAGUUGCUUAUAUAUCACACAAAAUAUUAAGAAAAGCAUAAAUGCAUGUAUUCAUGAUUUGGUUCUUAGUGAUAGUACUUGUUUGGAAUUCAACUUUGUAUCAAAUUAAGUUCCCAAGAUCAAUGCCUUUAAAUGUUGAUGAAUUAGUUGUACUUUGCACUGUAGAAUAUGAGAAUUGCUCAUUGUGAUAUUUUUUCACUUGUGAAAUGAAAGAAUUGUUAUUUAAAAUAAAUUGAUGCAUCACGAUUUUUCCUCAAAUGAAAUGUUUAAAAUAGCACUGUUACUGGAAGAAAUGUUGAAAGUAUGUUUUAUCGUUACCAAACUAUAAGCUAAUUAGAAAAUAUUAUUUACAUGACAUGUAUUUUAAUGUUGCAUAAUCACAUUAUAUUUAUAUACAUACCAUUCUGAUUCAUAAAUAUAGAAAUAAGUUUGAAUAGAUUUUUACUUCUCAUUAACUCUUGUUCCAAGAUGUAUAAUCAAUUUAUUUCAUAUAUUUGGUUAUUUUGUUGUAAAUUCUUGAAAUUUUAUACAUAAUAAUUCUGGUAAGAAGUUGUCAAAAACCGGUCACUUAUAUAGAAUAGUAAUUCAAUGCACUGUUAAAAGAUGAAUGAGUAGGCUUAUUGAAAACAAGAAGUUAUUUCUAACUCAUUUUGUUGUUAAGUAAUUAGAUGUGCAUAUAUAUUUUCUGACAACGAUCUACACGUUUUAACUUUUUGCUGGCCUCUGGUGCUGAUUACAAGAUACCCAGUGACAAACGUGUGAAUUCUUUAACAAAUAUACUCAUAAUUACAUAGAGACGAAUCUCAUUUACUAAAGCUAUUACUUCAUAGUUUUGAACAAUAUUGACAAUACUUCAGUAGUUAUGAAUAUUUCAUAACAGGGAGUGCAAACAAAAUGUCAAUCCGUCCAUAUUUUUGAAAAACUAAUCAGUUUUUCAAAAAAAUAUUAGUGAAAGAAACAUGACAUGUUUUUGUGUGUGCUGUUCAUCAUUGAUGUUUUAUAAUUUGCUACACAAUGUCUUUCAUUUUUGAAUUAUUGGAAUUCACUUAAAUGAAAUGAGAUUAUGAAAGAUAGGAAAGUAUUACCACCAUAAACAUAACUUGAGAUGGCCAGUGAAUAAACGAAUCCUCCUAUAAUUAUAGUAUUCAGUACACUCCCUCUUUCCCAGCUACGUAUGGAUUGGCACCAGAUCAGGUCACGAUUUGUUCAGUUAAACCAUCAUCUCCUUAAAAUAUAUAUAUAUAUAUACACACACACACACCAUUAAAUUUCACUCUUAACAUAGUCAUGCUAUACAGUACUUAUAA